UUCCCAAAAAACUAAAGAUGAAUAAAAACAAAACCAAAAAGGACUUAUAGUAGUGACAGAUUCUAUUUACACAGAGAGCAUCGACUUCUCGAGACGUAGAAACAGAUUUUAUUUUAGCCGGCGCCUGCAAAAAGGAUUUCACAGUAAUUGUUCGUGUUCGAGAUGGGUGGCGGCGAAUCAAAUUACGAGAUUCAUCAAAACGCGUACAUCAAGUUAAUCCUACAUGCCCUUAAGCACAAGACUUCCUCCGUCAACGGUGUUCUUCUCGGCCGGAUCUCCGGCAACGACACCGCCGUCGAAAUCGUCGAAUCCGUUCCGUUAUUCCACUCUCAGAUUGGCCUCCUUCCUCCGCUCGAAAUUUCCCUUAUCAUGAUCGAGGAGUACUAUGCUGAUAAAGGUUUGAGUAUUGUGGGUUACUUUCAUGCAAAUGAAAGAUUUGAUGAUUUCGAGGUUGGGAAUGUGGCCAAGAAUAUUGCAGAUCAUAUCUUCAAAUAUUUCCCUCAAGCUGCUUUGCUUCUGUUGGAUAACAAGAAGCUUGAAGCUUUACUAAAGAAGGGGAAAGACAGAAGUCCUGUAAUGCAGGUAUGUACAUUUCAUUUUAAGGAGCUAUUGGCUUUUGAAACUGAAGCUUAACUAAGUGUAUUUUCA